AUGGGCCGUGUGCCGCUCGCGCCGCCGAUCCGCUUUGGAACGGUGGCCUUCCCGCCGCUGGGCUAUGACACAGAGUCCGAGACGAGCUCAGGCGAGCCUGCGCGCGUCACUACAUUUUCCGAGUGUCUGUAUCGAGGCGCAUACCCCAAGCAGCGCAACCUGCCCUACCUCGAGACGCUGCACCUGCGCACGAUCGUCUCGCUCACGCCCAAGCCCAUCGACAGUGACGAGGCGAUUGCGGCGUGGGCGCAGCAGCAGAAUGGUGGUACUGGCGUGCGCCUCGUGCACGUACGCACCGAGAAGCCACAGGAAGAGACCGGCGGACUGACGCGCGAAGGCGCGGCCCGUGCUAUUCUUGAGCUGCUCAACCGCGAGAACCUUCCUUUGUAUGUACAUUGCCUGGACGGCGUCGAGGCGACAUCGACGCUCGUGGCAUGCCUGCGCAAGAUCCAGGGGUGGACCGACGCGAGCAUCCGCGACGAGCUCGCCCGUGGCUCGCACCUCGCGGCCAAGCGCCUGUCCGGCGCACCGGCCGAGGUGCCCAAGCACCUCGCGCACUUUGUCGACCACUAUGGCGAGCCGGACGGCGUGCUGCUCCCUCAGCGCGACCGCAUUCCUGCGUGGCUCUGGCCGAGCUCGGGGCCACCGCUCCAAGAUGCGUGGCUCAGCGAAAGCGCUACGGUGCAGCACCCCUCGCUGCGCAUCCACUUUGAGCGCAGCGAGCACUAUAUUGCGUCGCAGCGUGCGCGGUUCGGUGCGGUAUGGGCUGCGUUUGCAUGGCCGCGCUCGCGCACGCCAUCGAGCCUGUCCAUGUCGGAUAUAUCCGAGGCGCCGCCGUACGAGUCGAGCGACGAACGCAGCUCAUCGCGGCGCCCAUCGCACACGUCAACCCUGCGCCACACCUCCGAGUCGGGGGCCGCAUCGCACGACGACACCGAGCUGCUGCCGAUCGCGGACAAACCCGCGGUGCGGAGGCCGCCGAGCGACGAGCAGGACCUCCGUACGCCCCGUGCACGGCCCGUGAUGGACGUGGACGAAAUUCCGCCGCUGACCCCAAGUGAGCACGGCCGGAUCAGGGCGAGUGGGCAUUCCGACCCUGCCGUGCUGCCGCCGACGAGUUACCUGGCCGACACGGAGCGGACGCCGCUCGUGGUGGCCAAGGACCAGAUGCGCGAGCGCUCUCUUGACGUGCAGGACGCGAACGAGGAGUCGAUCCCCCCUUUCGAUAUUGACCGCGAAGAGGGCGACGAGAUGGAGCACGACCAAGACGGAGGCGAAGACGAGGACGACGAGGACGACGAGGACGACGAGGAUGACGACGAGGAUGACGACGACGAGGAUGACGACGACGAUCCCAGCCAGGUCCUCGAUGCACUGGACCUCGAGGGGUACUAA